CAUACCCAAUUGAAGUAUGAAGAGGGCCCUCAAGCUCAAUGAUAGAAAACAUUUUAUUACGAAGUAAUUUCCAUCUUCAAAACAGAAUCUCUUACAUGUCCAGAGGUCCCCCACAUGAUGGUCCAGUCGAACUUGUGGCCUAAGGCAUCAACAUUUCUACAGUACGUACCAUCCAAAGCUUCCCAAAAAAUUGGACGUCGACAGCGAGACCAGCGAGAGCCUCAUAUCGACUCGACACGGCCACGGCCCCUCUCCCGCGACAAUGCCUCCCCGAAUCUCCCCUCUCAGCACGUCACUGUGCUGCAGGGCCACCGCCAAUGGGCCCGUCACCUCGCUGACGGCCUACAUGGCCGGUCUCUCGCUCCAGAACCGCCACGCCUCCAUCCUCGGCAGCCUCGCAGACAACCCGGGCGCCAUGCACAAGAAGAAGCGAGUCGGCCGCGGCCCCUCCUCCGGCCACGGAAAGACGUCAGGACGCGGUCACAAGGGUCAGAAGCAGCACGGCAAGGUCAAGCCGUGGUUCCAGGGCGGUCAGACUCCUCUGAUUGUCAAGCUCGGUCGGAAGGGUUUCAAUAACUACCGGGCGGCCAAGAUGUCGGAGGUGAAUCUCGACCAGAUCCAGGCCUGGAUCGACCAGGGACGACUCGACUCGACGAAGCAAAUCACCCCCAAGGAAUUGAUUGAGAGCGGCCUCGUGGGAACCGUCAAAGACGGCGUCAAGGUGCUGUCCCGCGGCGCAGAAACCCUCAAGCAGCCCAUUGACGUGAUGGUCUCGCGCGUCUCGGCCCAGGCCAUCACCGCCAUCGAGGGCCAGGGCGGCAAGGUGCUAACCAGAUACUACACCCGGCUGUCCAUCAAGCGCCUCCUGACAGGCGAGUCGGUUAACACAGACAAGCCGCUACCCCAGGGCAAGGAGCACGUCGAGGGCGUGCUGGCGGAGGCGAGGAAGAACCUCUUCCGGUACCGGUUGCCCGACCCCACCAGCCGUGAGGACAUCGAGUACUACCGUGACCCGGCGCACCGGGGAUACCUGAGCCACCAACUGGCGCCUGGCGAGUCACCCAGUUUGUACUUUAGAGUGCCGGGCGUGCACAAGAUCAAGAGCGCGGUCAAGAAGGAGAACAAGCAGGCCGAGGAGACGCUGUUUUAGAUGUCGAGAAGCGAAGAGCAGCUGGGCCGCUGGGACACUGUAUGAUAGCGUACUUGAGAAAGUACUCGAAUGUGACAACACCAAUGUACAAUCACACUUGGAUACACAAACUGGAGGCAAUGGUUGUCCGCAUGCAGCAUGCAAUGGUGGUUGAGGAAUUGAAGCAUGAAAGCGCACGCAGCCACACCAUUGAGGCCCGUUUGCGUGCCCGUACCUGUACCUGGCGACGCCAACUGUGGCGCCGUCGCAGAACGGGAGCGAUAAGAUCGGGAGUACCGGGUACAUGUACGCUGUAGUGCUCCACACGAGCUAAGGUACUCCGUAGGCGUCUGGGUGUGUUACAAGCGGCGAACUACGCCAACGCCCUGGCUUCUCCACCCUGG